UCCAGUGCAGGUGCGAGGUAACUUCCGUCUUCCUUGGCAACUGCUACAACAAAAUAUGGCGUUAUCCAAGUAAAGAAAUGUGGGAAUGCCAUUAAUCACUGAUGCUUGUGAAUUGAUUAAUAGAUGGUUCAAUAGGUGCUGCCAGCAAUUGGUGGAACUCUCUAAUUAAUUCAUGAAGAACAACACAUUUUUGUAUUAAAGCAAAUUACACACGGAAACAUUAGAUUUAUAGCAGAUUCAAGAUGCCUAUUGCUCAAACAAGACUUGAAACACUGCAAGUAUGCAAACUUUUGCAAUGUGUGAGGGAAAAGGACAAAGAAUCUAUAGAGAAAAUGACACUCCAUGGAGUACCUCAUCUAGUCAAUUAUAAUGAUCAGAAUGAUGGUUUGACAGCUCUUGGAGUUGCAGCAACUUCAAAUGAUGAUGACAUGAUAAGAUUUUUAUUGCUGCUUGGUGCACAUCCAGAUGUGAUGGACUUCAAGGGGCGUUCAGCUGCAAUGCGAGCAGCUGAGUAUGGUCAUGUUGAAUGUCUGGUAGAGCUUUGUAAAAAUGGUGCAAACAUGAAACUAACAGAUUUGGAAGGAAAAGGUAUAUUGUUUUACUGUAUAACACCAACAGAAAGACAUUCUAAAUGUUUAGAAAUUGCAGUAGAAAAUGGUGCUGAUAUCAACAAUAUCUCCAAAGAAGGUAUACCUGUUCUUAUGUUUUCCUGUGAAACUGCUUCAGAAAAUGAGGAUACUUGUAUAUUGCUAAUGGAAAAAGGAGCUGAACCUAAUGCCAAACAAGAAAAAACUGGAAAAAAUGCACUUAUGGCAGCAGCAGCUAGUGGUAGUGUAAAGGUUGUUCGUGCUAUCCUAGAGGCUGGUGGUGAUGUGAAUGCUAUUGACAUUAAACAUGGCCAUGCUGCACAUUAUGCCUGUCAGAGCGGUAAUCUACUAGUCUUGGCCUGUAUGGCUGGGUAUGGUGCACAGUUUGACCAGUACAACUCGGACAAUAACAACCCAAUACACUUAUCUGCCCUACAUGGACAUGGAAUGUUUUGUAAAUUCCUUGUACAAAGAGGCUGUAAUCCCAAACCAAAGAAUAAUGAUGGUGAUGUUCCAAAAAAUAUAGCCAAAGACAAAGACAAUAAAGAAGCAAUGAAAGAAUGUCGAAAAGCUGAAAAGUCAUUUGGUAAAGUUGGAAAGAACAAUGAACCUUGGGCAAUCCAGUUGUAUGACUGGGUUUAUGAAAAGCAGAAGAAACUAUUAGACAGAUUUCAAGCAUUUGAUACUGAAGACAGUGGUAAAAUCAUGAAAGAAUCAUUUAGUGAUGUGCUACAAGGUAUGAAUGCUCCAGUUGAAGAGGAGGAUAUGAAGAAAUUAAUUCUAGCUCAUGAUAAAGCUCAUGAUGGAAAUGUUGAUUACAAUGAUUUCAUUGGGGCUAAAAAGUGGGUAAAUAAAAACUAUCUUAUGAGUGCAUUUGAAGGCAAGAAAAAGAAAAAGAAGGGUGGUAAGAAAGGAGGAAAGAAGAAAGGAAAAUUCAAAUUGGUGAUGCCAGUGUGUGUGAAAGAGGAUGGACCUAGAACAUAUGGUGGAGGACCUCCAGAAAUGUUUAUUGAGAGACACAUAAAUUUCACUGACACUGGAAGAUUUGAUAGAGACAAGCCACCUCACCAUCCUCUUCAGGAUGAUUCAUCUUGGUACCUACAACAUCCAGAAAGGAUGUACAUAAAUGUUACUGAUGCUACUAAAAAUGGUGACUUUGAUUCUCUUAGGACUGCAUUCCAGAAAGGAUCACAUGUUGAUACCAGAGACAAGUAUUAUAAAACUCCUCUCAUGUGUGCAUGUUCAGCUGGGAAUCUGGAAAUGGUCAAAUUUCUGCUCGAAAAUGGUGCCAAUAUAAAUGCUCGAGACAAUUUUAAGUGGACGCCAUUGCACCAUGCCUGUCAUUCUGGUCAGUUAAAUGUUGUAGAAUUUCUGAUUGAGCAUGGUGCAGAAAUAGAUGCCACAACAAUGAAUGGUGGAACACCACUAACAAGAGCUAUAGAGAGUUCCAAAGAGAAUGUGGUGGCUUACCUAAUUAGCCGAGGAGUCAGAGUUCAAACUGAAAAUAAGAAAGGUCACAAUCCAAUGGAUUUAGCUUUAGCUUGGGCUGAUCCAAGGGUUAUAGAUGUAGUUCAGUCUAAAUGGGAGAGUUUACCCACUCCAAGUGACAAGAAAGGGGGAAAGGGAAAAGGAGGAGGUAAAGGCAAAGGAGGGGCUAAAACAGCUAGACCAGCUUCAGGGCCAGGAGAUCAGAAAGAAAAUCAAGCUCCAGCUUCACAGCAAACAGGAGAACGUUUAACGACCACAGGUACCACUACGGGUACAGACCAACAAUCAUCAAUUAAUCCAUAUGGUACAAGAGAUUUCGAAGAUGGGCCUCCAAGACAAAGAAAAGGAUCAAUAUUACGUGCUGCUUCAGCACUUGCCCAGGGUUUAGAUGAACAAGAAGAUAUAACAUAUAUUCCUUUAAGAGCCUGGGUACCACAACCAACAACUGAAGAUUUACUACAAGAAAAACAGAAGAAACGGGACCAGUUUACAUGGGAAGUGGACUUUGAUGACUUUCAAAUGCCCUUCAAUAAAAAUGUUUCUAAUCGAUGUAAAGCCAUGGAAAAUGAAGAUGACUGAUUAGUUUUAUUACACAUAGUUCAUUAUUUAACAAACAAAUUUUGAAUAUGUAAAUUACCAUAUUUUUCUAAUAUAAAUCUUUUUUUUUAAAUGGAAAAGACAAUAUCUUCCAUCUUUCAACUGCUAAGUCUUGUGCCAAACAAAAGGAAUGUUUCUUUGUAAAUUUUACAAUAAAUCAUCUGUGGCCUUUAAUUACUGAAUUCAGUUAAAUUGAAAACGUUUGAAAAUUGUGUAAAGCACCAUUAUCUUUAAGAAGUACACAAAUUUCACCUACUGAAAAUGAUGUUCUAAAGACUUUUUCAGAUGGAAUAAUUUAUAAAAUAUUUUGUUUUCUGAAUAGUCAUGUUUUGAAUUCCCUAUUUACAAGAAUUCCAUAGAUUUAUUUUCAUGUCACUCAUAUUUUUUAUGUAAAUAUUACUGUUUAUUAUAUAUUUUCAGAGUUUAUGAAUGCCAAUACAUGUAUUUUAUUUGCUGGUUCAUUCUGUGAUAAUAUUGACUUCAAAUUUUGUGUGAUAUUUAUGAAUGUGCCUGACAGUUUUACUUAUUUUAAGAUACAUUGGUUACUUUUUAUGUUGAAAUAUGUGCUUAUAAUUUGUCUGAAUUUGUUUCAAUGAUCUAGCUUUUUAAUAAAUUAACGAAAAUUUGUAUCUCUAAACAAUACUUAAAUGUGUUUGGAAUACAAAAAUGUGAAGCUACCUAUUAAUUUUGUAAUUUUACAGUUUACAUUGGCAUUUCCAAAUACUUAAAUUUUUUUCAACAAAUUUUUAUAUAACAAUUUGGUUUUAUUUGAGCAAUAAAUGAUCCCCUAAGUUCUAAAAAAAGAACAACUAUAAGAAUGAAGAUACUAAGAAAAAAUAUUUUCCACAAAUAUAACUUAACUUAGCCCAUCUUCUUGCAACUAGUCUGUUCAACUCAAAUUUUAUUAAGGGCUAUUUCAAAAAUCAAUUGUUAUUGAAAACAAAUUUGCUCAGUUGUAAAUGGGUAAAGUGAACUGAUUCAGGAUCAGAAAGUAAGUUUCCUAAAUAACUCUUGAUCAAGGUUAACUUGAACAGACUAGAUGUAACAAAAAGGGACAUGGGCACAUAUUUUCUUUAUUAUAAACUAAAUAAAUUUUGAGACCCUGAACCUUGGGUUUAGAAGGUCCAUCUGACCAUGAUGCAUGAUUGUCCAAAGUGUAAAUGUACUAGAUUUAAUUAACGGUCUAUUUGAAAUAUAUGAAACAUUGUUCUGUAUUUGAUGGAAAAAUUGAAACAACCAUAAUGUUUAUUUUACUAUAAUCUGCUGAUUUAUCUGAAUAACAUUGUGAUAUACAUGUAUUGUUUUUCCUUUGGCACACAAACUCUUGUUUUGUUGUUUGCCAGAGACAAUUGUUCAAGUCUUAAGAUAAAUAAAAUGUUAACAAUUUGG